CUGCCAGCUGCAGCUGCGCCGCCGCGUGCUGGUGGCUUGGGAAAAGGAUCUCGGCUCUGGUAUGAUGGGGUUCCAUACUGCUUGGCUGGUUGUGGUUGAUAGUAGCCGACAUUACUUCCAUAAUUUUGAUUUUGAUAAGGUGAGCCUGGGUGAUGUCCAGAUUGUUGGUAUCCAUGAUAGCUGCCGUAGCGUUGGUCGUACGGUCCACGGUUAUACAUGUCGUCGUCCUUUGUGGGUUUAUGCGAUCGACUUUCGCGACUCAAAGAGCGACGGUCUCUCCGCGAGCUUUCGCGGCUGCCAGCUCGAGAAGCGCGACCUCGUGGAGACCGACUUUGUCGCCGACUCCCGCGCUCGCUGCCUCUCGGUGGGGAAGACCUCCUUGAGCGAGGGUCACGGCGGUAUUCGUCCUCGCGAGAUGCCCGUCUGUAGCCUUCUCCUCGGCUUCUGCGGCGUGGCGGAGAGCGAGAGUAUCUGCGGUCGUGAUCACGCCGCGAGCCUCGAUGAUAUUCCGAGUCGACUCGCCGCGAGUGCCUGUCAGUGGAAGCAGGCCGCCUGCUUCGAUUAUGGUCAGUGGUCACCGACGGAGAACGUCGGCGAGGCUGAUGCGUAUCCACUGUGCCUUGGACAGUGCGGCCUGGGGCCACGCUUUCCCCUCCGACAGCAAUUUCUCUGGAAGGCUCCCUCCUGUCUCGGCCACUUGUAGAUUUGUGAUGGCGCGAGCGGGACGGGGAUGCGCGUGGACUGCGA